AUGGGUCGUGGCGCGUAUGUGAGCAUUUGCAGGAUAUCUGAUCUCGAGCGGUUUCCCAGUCAGCGUACUCUGAUAAAGAAGAUUUUGUUACACGAGGACUUCAAAUCUAUGAACAACCCUGAGACUCAUGCUCAAGGUCUAGUCCCUCUCCUCCAAGAGAACUCUUCACUGCAGAUUGAGGUGUUGAUUGCGCGCGGCACACACCGCUACCACGAUAGGAAAGGUGUUCAAGACUUGCAAGCCAUUGAUCAACUGCUGAACCAUACUUCGAAGACUUUGCCUGCCGACUUCAACACUGGCGUUGCGUGGGAUUUCCAGGCUCUAGUUCAGCAAGCCCAACAUUUUGACGGGGGAAAUUGGCUCAUCGGAUGGACCGUUCAUGAAGGAGGCAUGUACGAAAGACUGGUCCUUGAUCAGACUUACAGGGACAGAGUGGCUGAGGUUUUCGAGAUUCAGACCGACAAUGGCCAUCUCGUAGCCAAUUAG